UGCUGCUAAAUAGAUCUCUAGGUCUUUUUUAUCUUUUAUAUCUCCUCUGACUACUCUAUGUUAUAUUUGAUAUUACUGAUUCUGAGGUAUCAAAUUUAGUUUAUUAUUUAAUUUUUAAAGAAGAAUAGAGUGAUUUGCUUAAUAAAGUUCUAACAAGUCACAUAUGUAGUACCUGGUAUUGAAGACUUUGACCACAUUGAUAUCUCUGAAUUUGUUCAAAAAGCUCGGGGUCUCUUAGUAAGUUUCAGAAAAUUAGAACUUGGAGACAGUGACAGCAACUGUGGUGUCUUCCUCCGGGGAGUUCUUGUCGAUGCGGCGUUUUCCUCGGUGAACGGCGGCUGCUGCGUCUUCCUAUCCAUCGGCGAAACGGCGUCUCUGCCCCCACGAUAUAUGAUGUCAUGGCGAAGAGCGUGUGCGGGCGCGUAGCCCAUGUGCUUGUUUGGGCCCAAGCAGGCCUCAACUCACACCGAUCUAAUUCAAUUCCAAACGGGUCAAACAUGAGUCAACUUGGUCUGGAUGUCUAGUUUGAACCAAAUAAUAAUUGUGUUACCGCAAAAACUUCGCCCAUUAUCCACCCCAUAACAAACGCCCGGGCGCACCUGUGCCCUAAACACAACUCCUGUCUCCCUCGCGGCGACUCUCUUCUCCCCAGCAGCGACUACGGCGUUUCCUCGGCGAGCGGCUGUCUUCCUCUCCAUCGCCGAAUAGCGGAAGCAACGGCGGUGUCUUCCUUCGGGGAGUUCUUGGCUGCGCGUUUUCCUCGGUGAACGGCGGCUUCUGCGUCUUCCUCUUCAUCGGCGAAACGACGUCUCCCCCCGUUUUGGAGUGGCAUAAGUCAGCCUCAUGAUGCUUCAAGCUUCAAGUUCCGUUCAUCGAUCUCAGUAUCAUUUUGACUCAUUAAGUUCACUACCACUCAAGUCAUUGAUGUUCCGUCAAGCAAAUCCAAGCAACACUAUUUCAAGGCCACAGAGUUGUAGGUGGAUUGAUUUCUUAUCUGGCAGCUGGAGAUCUUCCUGUUCACGGUUCAAAUCUUUUUGCUCGCAAGUGCUAGAUUCUUGUAAUACAUGUGAUAUUAAAAAGGAUGAAGACACCAACAUUGAUAGAUUAGAUUCAGUGGUACCUGUGCAAACUCUUCGAAACUUUCCCAUUGAGAAACUUUAUGGAAAAGUUGUCAUGGUUCGGCUUGAUUCUGCUCUUCUGCUGAAUUUAAGGGUUUCUGAUGAUCUCUCUUUAAAUAGAGCAAUUUUAACUAUCAAGUAUCUAUACAAUGCUGGGGCUAAAGUAAUUUUAGCAAGCAACUGGCCUCAGGCCAAUGCUUCAAGGCUUCUUUCAAAAGAGGCCUUUGCAGAUCACUUGUCAGCGCUUCUCAAGGUUAAAGUUGUGCCUGCAAAUGAUGCUUCUGCCAUCUUGCAAUUCAAGAUGAAAAACGUGGAAAAUGCAGAUGUACUUCUUCUUGACAACUUGACAAAUAAUAAAGAAGAAGUUGCAAAUUCCUACGAGUUCUCCAAGACAUUGUCAUCUGGUGUCUCCAUCUUUGUUAAUGAUGCCUUCUCACUAUCACAUAGGGUUCUUGCUUCAACCGUUGGUGUUGCCCGCUUUUGCCAUGCAUCUGUUGCUGGUUUUCAUUUUGAGGAGGAAUUGUUGCAACUAAUGAAGAUCAGUGAGACCAAAAAACAACCUUAUGUUGCAAUAAUUGGAGGGAGUAAUUUCCUAAAUAAAGCUAAUACAUUGCAUGUUUUAGCUUCUACAUGUGAUGGACUGAUUUUCAUUGGAAAGCUAGCAUUUCAGAUAAUGAAUGGUUUCGGACUUUCGGUACCUACCCACUUAGUGGAACAUGAUGCUGUUAAAGAAGCACUAGAACUGAUCAAACUUACACAACAAAGAAAGAUUCCAAUUUAUUUUCAGAAAGAUUUUGUGUGUGUCAAAGUUGGCAAGCCUGAGCUGGUGGAGAUAUACGCUUAUAAUGAAAUCUUGGCAGGUUGGGUGCCUGUGGAUCUAGGGCCAGUUUCAAUGAAAGAAACCUCUUCUAUGCUCUCAACAUGCAAGAAAGUCAUAUUGAUUGGUUCAGUAAGUUUUGGUUCUUUAGAGGAAGAUAACGUAAGAACAUCUCAAUUGGUAUCCGUACUUGAAAGAAUAAGCAAAAAUGGCAGUGAGGUGAUUCUUAUUGGGAAUGCAGCCUGCAAAGCGUUUGCAGGAAAAUCAAGUUAUUCUAAUCAGUAUUCAGUGUUUAGAAAUGCAUCAGUUGCUUGGGAGUUUCUCAGAGGAACAAAGUUGCCAGGUGUGGCAAUAUUAGAUAAAGCCUUUCAAUACAAUCUCAAUUGGCAUGCCAUAUUUGCAGAUCCCACUAAACCUAUAGCAGUCGAUAUUGGCAGCGGAAAUGGCUUGUUUAUUUUGAAGGUGGCUAGAAAAUGCACAGAUUUAAACUUUCUUGGGCUUGAGAUUAACAGGAAGCUUGUUCAGAGAUGCUUAGAUAAUUUGCAUCAAUCUGAGUUCAAAAAUGGAUAUUUUAUAUCAACAAAUGCAACCUCUACAUUCCGUUCCAUAGUUUCUAGUUAUCCUGGAGAUUUGGUACUUGUCGCAAUACAGUGCCCGAAUCCUGAUUUUAACAGAGAGGACCAAAGAUGGAGGAUGGUACAGAGAGGACUUGUUGAAGCAAUCUUGGAUCUGCUUAUUACAAAUGGAAAGGUGUUUUUACAGUCUGAUAUCGAGACUGUUACAACGAGAAUGAAACAUCUGUUCAUUACUUAUGGAAAGGGUAAACUAGUAGUGGAUGGGGAUGACAGGGAUUGGAUGGAGGAGAAUCCUUUUGGUGUUCAGACUGACUGGGAGCAGCAUGUGAUUGAACGUGGAGCUCCUAUGUAUAGAAUUAUUCUCAAAAAGGUUUGAUCGCUUGCAAAGGUGGAGUAUCCUUGAAAUCAUGGCAGCUACUUGCUAUCAAUUAAAACUUUGGGUAGUCUUUAAAUACGAGACUAUCUUUACCUGCAAUUUUUGUAUUUUGCCUACCAAGAUGGCUUCCACAUUAUGACAUCAUGGUCUGACUCUUUUACUCAAGUUUGUGUUACCAUAAACUAGGACAAAAUAUGAUCUUAAUUAUAUGGAAUAAGCUGCAUUUGUCAUA